AUAUUUUUUUUCGUUACCUUUCAGUCAGUCAAUAGUUUUGUACUCAUUUUUAUAAAAAAAUUUUCCUUUAUAAAUUCAAAAUUUAUUUGUACAAACUUUAGCCCAGUUCGCCAUGUAUACCGAAAUGUGUCUCUCUGAUGUUCUGUGCUACUUUGUGCACAUGUACAUGCAAAUACGCUUACCCACCUGCAGAACAUACUCCAUCUGGAAGUUCCCGCCUAAUUUCGAUGCGAUCAAUGAGAGAGCAGGCACUUUGUUUUGGUUCUCCGAGAAGAUGUUCCCCCUUAUGUUCUACUAUGCUCUAGCCCUUAGUUUCAUUGGAUCGGCUCACAAUUGUCUAGAAUUCAUAAGCAUUUUCCUCAAGAAGCCGCAUCCGAAGAAGACGUAUCGGCUACGGAUGGUAAAGAAUUUCACAGACAGGCAAUUGCGCCGCUUUCGUAUCAUCGGAAGCAUUUUAAUGUUAACGGCGUGGACAUUACUGCUAUACGCCUUGGCAACUCUUAAGCCGGAUUACAUUGCUCCUUGGUUAACGAUUUAUGCCACCACUACAUCUAUCGAUAUGUUAUUGAUGGUGAUAGAUGCCUUAGUGAACAUGACUACAGACGACAGCUUCUUGUUCAAGAUUUUGAUCUCGUCUAUCAACUUUUACUGUAUCCUUUCGGUGCGGUCGACUCUCAAGCAACUGCUCGAAUUUUACGGUUAUCAGGAUGUUGUUUGGUGGACAAAGGAAAUAUUUGCACCUUAAAUUGUGAAAACAAGUGAAAAUUUUAAAUUUUACGUCAUACUGUAUUUUUCGCAUAUUAGCAAAAUUUAAUAAAAAAAAUAAAUAUUAAACAAAAAAAGCGCCAUCUGGAUGUCGUGCCGAGUACUGGCAAUUGACCAACAGUUGCAGUCUGCUGAGAGUGAGAGCGGAUAAGUAAGAGAGUGCAUUCCGAAGAAGGCAAAGAGUAGCAAAGCUGCAUAUACACUGAGGAAAUUGCAUAUAUCAACCAAGUGUAUGCACGAAAGAGAGAGCAAUAUAGCGCACCGCCAACGCGAUCGUGCGUCCGUGUAUCUGUUUUUGUUGGUGUUGCUUGGUUGGUGAGCGCAGCAGCGGUAUUACUUCUCUCAGCGCCGCACGGCGUCGCCAGUCGUGUCUCAACACUCGACAGCAGCA